AUGGCAUCCACACCUCGUCGAUCCACACGAAGCGGAGCAAUCUUCACGCCCUCUCCCUCCUCCCACCCUCGAUCAGAAUCCCAUACAACAUACUCAUGGACCUCCGCUCCUCGUCAUGUUUCUUCAAACCCAGCCUCAAGCUCUUCUACAACACUAAGUCAAAAGGCAGAAAUCGACUAUACCUCUUUCGCGAGAAUCGUUUCUCGCCAAUCCACUAAAAGACCUCUAACACCAGGUAGAAAGACCCACGCCGGAAAAGCAGACGAAGAAAGUCGGUUUACAUUAGGAGAUGGGGUUGCUGUUUCUGUGGAAGGGGGUGGAGAAGGAGUUGGAGUUCUGGUGAGGCUUUGGGAAACUUCAAAGAAGGCAAAGGGAGAGGAGGAUAUGUCAGGAGAGGGUUCAGCGGAGGAUGAGGAAAGGGAUGAGGAGGAAGAAGAAGGAUCAGGAGAAAGAAUGUGGGCAGAAGUACAUUGGUGUUUCCGUCGACAAGAUUUACCAGGGAUAAUGAAAAAUCUUUCUGUGGAGGAUAACGAAGUACUACUCGCUGCAUCCCCAAUUCGACCAAGUAGUACCUCCCUCCCCAUCUCUCUACUCCUCCGCACGAUCCCCAUAUACUCUCGCAAUUUCUUUCGGGAUCAAUUCGCCCCUUCCAAAUCCUCUGUGAAAGGUUGGACCUAUGUCCGUCAAGGAGUUUACUGGUGUAAUCGGGCGUUUGACAAAGGCGCUAAAGGUGGAAAGGUAUGGAAAGUCGAUAUGGAUUCUUGGCGUUCAAGAGGAAAAGCAGGUCAAGGUUGGGUCGUACCAACGGAGAGUGUUGAGAGCGAUAAUGAAGAAUCGGAAGCUGAGACAGUCGACUCUUCGGACGAUGAUGGGGUGUUUGAUGGUGAAAAAGAGGAAAGUGAAGAUGAAGGUCAUGAAGAUCUUCCGGAAGAGGGGAGUGCAGAGGAAGGACAGGUCAGUGAGAAAAGCGGGACGAAGAGGUCCAAGAGAAAAGAAGAUAUCAGGAAAGUCAAAAGGCCAAAAUUAAGCAAUUCGAAGGCAAGGAAAGAAACGGAAUUGAAAGAGGAGAAGGGAAAAGAAAAGAGAAAGAGAAAAGGCAAAAACUCUCAUCCUCAAAUAUCAACUUCUGAACUACCAUCGGCUGUACCAAGUUUGGAUGAAUUACCAACGGAUCCAUAUCAACGAGCGAUGAGGUUGCUUCAUGUGGGUGCAACACCGGAUUCUCUACCUUGUAGAGAGGAAGAGUUCGUGGAGGUUUUGUCCAAAGUUGAGGAAGGGGUGGAAAGCGGGGGCGGGGGAUGUCUGUAUAUCGCAGGAGUACCCGGUACGGGCAAAACAGCCACCGUUCACGCGGUAGUGAAAGAGCUGAAACGUAAAGCGGAAGAUGGGGAACUCCCACCAUUCUCUUAUGUCGAGAUCAACGGUUUAAAAAUUCCCACGCCGCAACAUGCUUACACCGUUUUAUGGGAGGCCAUCUCGGGGGCUAAGGGUGCAAGUGCUAAAACUGCGCUGAGAGGACUGGAAGCGCAUUAUGCCAGGAAAACAGGAGGGGCGAGGGGUCCCAGGGGUCAUACCUUUGUCGUGUUGAUGGAUGAACUUGACCAAUUGCUUACUGCCAAACAAGAUGUAGUCUACAACUUUUUCAAUUGGCCAACGAUGCGUGAUAGUCAAAUGUUCGUAGUGGCAGUUGCCAACCGUAUGGAUUUACCACAACAUUUAGCGGCUAAGAUCAAGUCGAGAUUAGGCCUUCAAACUUUGUUGUUCCAACCGUACGACCGUCAAAGUCUGAUUGAAAUAGUACAAUCUCGUUUGAUACCUCAUCCAAAGAGUCAAGAAGACCAUAGGGUUUUGGUACCUGAUGCUAUUGCCCUAGCCGCGACAAAAAUGGCAGGAACGAAUGGAGAUGCACGAAGGGUUUUGGAUGCUUGUCGCCGAGCUGUGGAAGUAGCAUAUGAAUCUCCAUCCCCUCAUCCAGUCACAGCGAAAGAAAUGAUGGCUGUACUCCAUCAAAUGUCCUCUAGUCCUGCGGCAAUGUACAUCAAACAAUGUAGCGAACAACAGAGGAUCAUGUUAGCAGCUAUGGUUCGAUGUGUCAGGAGAGAAGGUGUUCCAGAGGUUGCUUGGAAGAAUGUGAGAACGGAUCAUGAUGCUUUAACUCGAUCUUUACUCGAAAGUGACGCUCUUCUCUCUUCUUCUGAACUAUCCCUCAUAUUCUCUUCCCUCGUCUCCACUCAUGCCUUGACUUGGGCGUACGACCCCCAUCGGUCUCCUGAUGAAAGAAAGGUGGCAUUGGGUAUGGACAUUUCUGAAGUUGGGAGGGUAUUGAUGAAUGAAGGUGAAGGAUGGCGUCGGGCACUUGCUGGGACUUGA